AUGCCGGUCCUUGGUUCAAUCUUUGUGCCAGUUUCUAAUGCUCUUUCGAAAGGUCCCAUCGUCCGAAUAAACCCACAUGAGCUACACAUUCGAGACUCCGAAUUCUACGAACAGUUAUACGCACCUGCAGCAAAAAAGCGAGAUAAAUAUAAAACCUGGGUAAUUCUUUCAGGUACACCUGAUGCUUCCUUUUCCACUGUUUCGCACUCCCACCAUCGCGUGCGACGAAAUGCGCUCAAUCCUUUCUUCUCCAGGCAGGCAGUCCAGCGUAUGCAGCCGUUGAUCCUUGAAAAAGUUGAGCGUUUGGCCUCUCGCCUGUCUGAGGCAGCUCACUCCCAGCGUGUAGUUCGUCUAGAUGUUGCGUUUAUGGCUCUGACUAUGGAUAUCAUCUGCCACUAUGCCUUUGGCGAGAGCUACAACUACCUUGCACACGAUGACUUUCACGUGGAAUGGAAAAAUUCAGUUAUUUCUGCUUUGGAAAACGGCAUUUUUCUCCGCAAUUUUCCUUGGGCCUUGCCCUUGCUCAAGUCCAUUCCAUACUCCGUUCUCAAAGUACUUCAACCCAACGCUGCCUCCUUAGCUGAAUGGGCGAAUGUCGUUAAGCAAAAGGUAGACAACUUAUUGCAAGAAAAUGCAAAGGGGAAUAAGUCUAGUGGGACUAUCUUCCAAGCAAUGCUUGACAGUAAUCUGCCGCCGGAAGAAAAGUCCACUGCGCGCCUGAUAGACGAAGGCCAAUCAGUCGUAGGUGCUGGCAGCGAGACCACAGCCGGUACACUUAGUGUCAUCUUGUUUCAUUUGUUGCAAGACAAGGGACUUUUCUAUAAAUUGCGCCAAGAGCUUGCAUCGAGACCAUCAAAGGGGUCGUCUUUAUUACAAGAUCUCGAAAAACUUCCGUAUUUGACUGCCAUUAUCUACGAAGGCCUGCGGUUGAAUGUCGGCGUGAUGAGUCGUUCACCUCGCAUUGCCCACGAGAUCGUUCAAUAUCAUGACUGGCAAAUUCCUCCUGGUACCCCGGUAAGCGAGUCUGUUUACUUUGUACAUCAGGAUCCAAAAAUAUUUCCUGAACCAAAGAAAUUCCGCCCAGAAAGAUGGAUUGAAGCCCAACAGAAUGGCUUGAGAUUAGAUCGUUACAUGGUUUGUUUCUCCAAGGGUAGCAGAUCGUGUCUAGGCAUCAACCUCGCCUAUGCAGAGUUGUAUCUUACGCUGGCCAAAAUUAUUCCACGAUUUGAAAUGGAACUGUAUGAAACCACAAUUGAAGAUGUUGAACCGGCGCGUGAUUUCUUCGUGCCAGUUCCGAACCUAGAUUCAAAAGGCGUGCGUGCUAAAGUUAUAGCAGUUCUGUAG